GUUCUUUCUUCGACCCGUGCCUCGUGCGUGGCGAGCAGCGCGGAGUCUGGAACUAUCGGGAGGGCUCAGUAACGAGAGGCGGUGCAGGGAGACAAUCCCUGAAAGAACCGGGACAGUUGGUGGGCGGGGUUAUUUCGGGCAUUCAGGUGGGCGACCCGCCGAGGCGGUUGGAAGGCCCGCGUUGUUAGGGAGCGUAGGAACGGCGUCUGUGGUUACGGGGUCGGGCAAAGGGUAAAGGGCAAGUUUGGGGUUGGAGAGCACCUCGUUUUAGCCAUGGCCGCGGCUGGGGACCCAGGAAGGCAGUGGCCGGAGGAGGAGGAGGCGGCGGCGGUGGUGGUGGUGGGCUCCUGCAUGACCGACCUGGUCAGUCUUACUUCUCGUUUGCCAAAAACUGGAGAAACCAUCCACGGACAUAAGUUUUUUAUCGGCUUUGGAGGGAAAGGUGCCAACCAGUGUGUCCAAGCUGCUAGGCUUGGAGCAAAGACGUCCAUGGUGUGCAAGGUUGGCAAAGAUUCUUUUGGCAACGAUUAUAUAGAAAACUUAAAACAGAAUGAUAUUUCUACAGAAUUUACAUAUCAAACUAAAGAUGCUGCAACAGGAGCUGCUUCAAUAAUUGUCGAUAAUGAAGGCCAGAAUAUCAUCGUUAUUGUGGCUGGAGCAAAUUUACUUUUGAAUACUGAAGACCUGAGGGAAGCAGCCAAUGCCAUUAGCAGAGCCAAAGUCAUGAUCUGCCAGCUAGAAGUAACUCCAGCAACUUCUUUGGAAGCCCUGACAAUGGCCCACAGCAAUGGAGUGAAAACAUUGUUCAAUCCAGCACCUGCCAUUGCAGACCUGGACCCCCGGUUCUACACGCUCUCAGAUGUGUUCUGCUGCAAUGAGACUGAGGCUGAGAUUCUAACUGGCCUCACAGUCGGCAGCCCUGCGGAUGCUGGGAAGGCUGCACUGGUGCUUGUGGAAAGGGGCUGCCAGGUCGUAAUCAUCACUUUGGGUGCCGACGGAUGUGUGAUGCUGUCACAGACACAACUUGUCCCAAAGCACAUUCCCACAGAGAAAGUCAAGGCUGUGGAUACCACGGCCUGAAUGGAAUGGCUGAUGAGGGAUGGAGAAACAUGUAACACAGUCCUUUGGACACAUCCUUCAUAUGUUGAAGCCCUAACCCCUAAAGUGACUGUAAUUGGAGAUACGGCCUAUAACGAGGUAAUUAAGAUUAAAUGAAGUCGUAAGGGUGGAGCCCUGAAACCGUAGGAUUAGUGUCCUUAUAAGAAGAGGCACCAAAAAGCUUGCUCCGUCUCCAUGUGCACUCAAAGAAGAGGUCUUGUGAGCAUGCAGCAAGAUGGUGGCCUGCCAGGAGAAGAGGGCUCCGAAGGAAACCUAUGUUGUCAGCACCUUGAUCUUGGACUUCUAGCCUCCAGAACUGAGAGGAAUAAAUUUCUGUUAGUUAAGCCACUCAGUCUGUGGUAUUUUGUCAUGGUGGCCCGAGCAGACUAACACAAACAAGAAAGCAAAUGAAGGUGCUUCAGAAGUGAGCUAAAGCCAAUGCUGAAAAAUCAGCUGUUCUGUGGGGAGAAAAUAAUCUGGAGUGAACAGGAUCAGCUUAAAUGAGCUUUCUGGUGAAAUAUCUCGAGAGUUUUGCAUAUCCUUCAACUGUAAUCAUCAGUCCCAUUGGCCAAGGACAGAUGAUGUCCUGAGUUCUAAUCCUGUUUAGUUAUUAACUAGCAGACAGCUUUGGGCAAAUGACUCAUCAUAUUUAGGGCUCAGGUUGUUCAUCCAAUCAUGAAGUGUCUGGAGUGGGGGAUCUCUGAGGCAUCUUCGACCUCUGAAAUUCUUUGAUUCUUACAGAUUCUUGGGAACAUGAGGAUUCUUUGGCUAAUAAUGAAAAGCAGGCACUACUCUGUGCUAGGCAUUGUGCUGGACUCUUUAUUGCAUUAUCUCAUAUGAUCAGAACAACCCUGCAAAACAGGGUUAAUGCCCAUUUUAGAGAGGAGGGAACUAUGCUCCCAAAGGUAAACAACCUGCCCAGAGCCAUACAGCUGGUAAAUUGGCGGAGCCAGGAAUUAAUUCUAGAUCUGUCUGUCUGCCUGACUCUAACAUCCAUGUACUCCUACCCCACCACUCUGCCUCUUGAUUUGGUGGCAGUCUGCCUAGCCUUUAAUCUCUCCUAUUUGGCAUUCCAGCACUGACUUUCCUUGUCACUUGUCAUGAUACAGUCUUCUGUAAUUGCUCCAUUUCUCUAGAUCUUCAGAAGCUGCCAGAUCUUGCAAAUGCACUGCCUGCUUUGUGCAGUACAGUGCAGCCUCACUUAAAUGCAAUAACACAUAUAUAGCCCUACAAACAGUGCCUGGCACCUGUAAGCACUCAGAACAGACUUAGCGCUCAUUAGUAGGUCCUUUUGUGUCUGAUUGUUCACUUUACCUGGAUCAUUUGGGGGUACUAGGUAGCACAUACCAGGAGCUUGCAUCAUUCAGUAUUAUGCAGAGUGGGUUUGACCUUGGCUUUGUACAUCACUGGAGAGAAGCCUAGGUCCCACUGCUAUUCAACUCCAGCAUCUUCCUAUACUGGGCAAGGAGCUGGACUGCACGGAUAGCGGUGUGACAGGAUCAUGCCAGUCCAGAUAUCAAACGUUUGGGUACAGAUCACUGCUAUUCAUUCUUGUCAUUGAAUGAGCAAACCUAGAAGAGAGGUGCACCACUCUUAGAGACCAUAAUCAAAUCAUCUUUUCAUUAACCUUCUUUAAAUAGAGGCCUGAACUGCUAACUAAAGGAGCUAGGGAAAAUGUAAUUCCUCUUUUUUAACAUUCCCAAACUAGCUCUCUAGUUUAAGGAAAGGAAAAACACUCCUCGUUCCCUGCCUAGCAAACUCCUACCCAUCCUCAAGCCCAGAGAGUUCUUUUGGAGCACCCCAAUGCUUAAUACAAUGCUUGGCAUAUGAUAACAGGACCUCCUGAAAUAGCAAAAGCGUUCUAGUUCCUUCUGGGAAAGUAGUGUAAGAGUCACUUAGCUUCACUGAGCCCCAGUGUUCUCAGGGGCCUGGAGGAUCUACAGAAUCCCUUACAUUCCUUAAAUUCUACAUUGAGCAUGCCAAAGGAGAGAGUAAAUUUCAGAUUAAAUGUUCUUUUUUAAUGAUUUGAAAACAAAAUAAUUACCCAUGUUAAAACAUGUCCUUAGAUUGUUUUAUCUGCAGUUAUAGAAAGGCCAGGCCAAAAAAAUUAAGUUAUAGAGGGUAAAUGGCAUCUCUGAAAGAAAACCCAAAUGAAGCUCUGAAAUAGCCAUCUUAACCUUAGGAAUGAUAUCAAUAAAUGGUUAUGAUAUCUGCAAACUCUGCUGACUCUGGCUGCCAGAAAAGAUGAAGAUGACAAAAAGUUCACUGACUAUAUUGAAAGGACAGAGGACAGGUAAUUGCUAAAGAGACUGAUUGACAAGGCACAAGACAUCUGUCAUGCCCAGGGGGCCAUAUUAGCUCUAUUACAUUACUUCCACAUCAGCAGGUCACCUCAUUCACUAGCUAAUCAGGCAGAAUUAAAUAUUUUAAAUUAUCUUUCUUAAUCCUGCAUGUGAUCAGUUGAAAACCCUGGCUCUAAAAAUCUAAUUGUAACUGCUUACCAGAAAUGUCAUCUUCACUUUGAGGAAUUGAACCAGGGCCAAAUGUGAGGCUGUUUUUUCCAUUUUCCUAAAGUACUGUCUCACAGCCAGAACUGGACAUGCAUGUACAUGUGCCCAGUGCCAGACAUCUUAGGGGCUCCCAAGGGGACCUGGGAUCCCUGGCCUUGCUUCAGAACUCAAAUAUGGCCAGAGACUAAAAAAAGAGCAAUAGAAGUGGAGAAGAGGGGCCUGGAGGUGGAGGUAGGAUGUACAGGAAGAAACGACUGUUAAAACCUUACCAAAGUCAGGAGAGCAAAAUCUAAAUCUAGAUCUAGAGUGUUCUGUGGGCCUGAAUGGUACGUAAUUGGAGGGAAAGGACAUAGUUCCCUCCCAGUAAGAAGGGAUGGUGUGAUGUUAUGGGAGCUUGUUCACCCAUCUACGAUUAGGACUUCUCAGCUUCCUACACCUAAGCCCCACUUCUCCCUGCUCCUUGAGUGUCCUGGAUAUCAGUGUGAUAACAAGGCAGUGAGCCAGUAGCCUGCUCCUUGCCCAUUUUCCUAAGCUGCUGCGGUAGCGUUCUUGAGGGCAGACCUGCCAGGACUAUAGUGUAGGUCUUCUAAGUGGUUUCCGUUGUGUGGUAAUUCUUCUUGAGUAGACCUGAAAUUAUGAGGAGGUGAAAAAACCAUUUGGAGCCAAACUGUAGAGCCCAGUGAGUUGAAACUGUGCCCAUUGCCCUCAGUGCCCAUUGCUUCUGACAGAGGUGGACAAAGAAAUGAAAAAACAGGUGUGUGGUUCAUAGCUUGCUGAACAUCUGUCUGUCCUUUGUAUGAAAGUAUGUGUAUGUUGUAGGUUAGUUGUGUGUAUACUUUGUAUGUUCUCAAGGUUGAUGACGUGUGCUCUGUGUGAAUGACCUGUUAGUGGCAUGAAUUCCAUGUGUUUAUGUGUGCAUGUGUGUGUGAGUAAAAUGUACUACAGUAAGACAGAGUCUAAAGGGGCAACUACUCACUCUCACUUUCCUCCUCCUACUUCCAUUCCUUUAAAAGCCAUGGGAGUGCUCUACACUAUAGCACAACCCCUGAAAAAGCUACGUGAUUUGGGGAUAGAGAGAGUCCAGAGGUUAGGUGAAUUACGUCUCCCCUGAAAGAUUCUUUAAAAACUGAAAGUUUUAUAUCCUUUGCCUUCCUUCGUCAAAACAAACCAAAAUCGGGAAAAGAAUGUUCAUAGUUAUAUAGUCUUCUCUGUAACUUUUAGUUUUAGCAUAUGGGAAUCUAAUUGUGUAGAUUAAGUUGUAAGUGAAUCUAAUUUGCACCAAAUAACUUACAACCCUUAGUAGUCCCAAGGCCAAUCAGAUUUCCUACCUUCUUUCCCUCUUUCCUUCUAUCCUCCCUUCCUUCCUUCCUUCUCUCCUUUCUUCUUUCUCCCUUUCCUCCC